GUUCACUUACAUUCCCAAAAGAUGUCUACUCUCUUGGAAAACAUCAUUGCCAUCAUUGACUUAUUCCACCAAUACUCAAAAACAGAUAACGAGACGGACUCUCUAAGCAAAAAAGAGCUGAAGGAACUUCUGGAAAAAGAGUUUCGGACAAUCCUAAAGAAUCCGGAUGACCCAGACACAGCUGAUAUUCUGAUGCAUAUCCUUGACAUAGACCACAACAAGGAAAUAGACUUCACAGAGUUCUUUCUCAUGGUAUUCAAGUUAGCUCAAGCAUACUAUCAUUCUAAUGAAAGGCAGUAUUUCCAAACACCAAGACAAAAGCAGAAAAAGUAUGAAUACAAUAACCAAGAUGAAGAAGAUGAUAUAGAGGAAGAAACACAUGAAGAUGAGGAGACAAGAACAAGAAAACACACUCAUUCAAGAACUGAUAGAAAGGGGAAUAAACCAAGAUUCACGAGCCCAAAACAAAAAGGCAAAAAACGGUCUACUUCUAGGAAUCAGAAGAAAAGAGAAGAAAUAUCUGCUACUGGACACAAACAUGAGUCUGAGAAAAAACAUGACUCACAAAGGAAAAAAAACAAAGCUUCAAGUUCCAAUGAAGUGCAAGAAAGAGGGUACAAGCCAAGUGUAAUAAGACAUGCAACAGACAAUAGACAUACAGAAGAUGUAUAUUGUUAUGAACACACAAAACCAGUGAGUGAAAAAAGGAAAAAAACAGAAAAUGAUGAUUCAUAUAACACUAGCCAGGAAACAUUGCUUAGUGCUACACAUUAUCAAAUUCAGGUAAAAGAAAAAUUAGAAAAAUCAGGUAUGUUAUCAGAACAAAAUGAGAAAAGACAAGGAAAUUCAUAUCACCAAAUGAAAGUCUCAGAAAGGUCAAAUAAAAAUGCAACAUCUGAAUCCAGGACAACAAGAAAACAAGGGCCCACUCUUAGUCAGCACAGAGAUAGCGAAAGACACUUAGAAGAGACAGAGAGACAAGAUGGAUAUGGGAAACGAAGCCACAGUGGAUAUGGACAGGAAGAGUCUCAACACAGCUCCAAGCACACUGGGACUCAAGAGAAGAGAGACACUCAUGGGCGCCGUGCAAGUGACAAUGGACAGUCAGACUCUCUUGUCAAUAGAAGACAAGGAUUUACUCACGGACAGACUGAAGAGAGAUAUACACAAUCGGGUACUAAUCGGGAAGAGACAUCCUCUAUACGACACACUGACACAGCCCAUGGGAAGUUCAGACAAAGCAAAAGAGUAAUACAAGAAACACGGAAUGAGCAGGCAGCAGAGAGCUCCAGAUUCUCAGGUGCAAGACAUGGGCGAUCGUCCUCUGGCUCUGGGACAAGGAGACAAAGGGGAUCCAGUGAGAGUCAGGCCAACGACAGCGAAGGACAAUCAGAAGUUGCAGGUACACAAUCCGCGGUCACCCACAGAACACCUGCGUCUGGUUCCAGGACACAACGUGGGUCCAGACAUGGCCAGUCAGCAGACAGCUCUAGGGACUCAGGGUCCCAUCACAGAACGACAGCCACCCAGGGGGAGCCUGACCUUGCCCACGGACGUGCAGAAUCCAGACCUGGAAGGAGACCAGGAUCCCGCCACGAGGAGGCAAGAGACAGCUCUAGACAUGACGGCUCCCAUGAGGGUCAGGCUGCCAGUGGGGAAGUCUCUGAGUCUUCCCAAGGACGGCACGGACUCAGCACUGGAGAGACACAAGGAUCCCACCAUGAGCAGGUGGGAGACAGCUCAAGACAUGCAGGGUCACAACACCACCAAAGUGCCCCCCAGGGACGGUCGGACUCUGCCCGUGGUCAGUCACGUUCUCACAGUGCAAGUGGGCACAGAUCGGGCCAGGAACAAUCAGGAGACACCUCAGGGCAUACAGGGUCGCAUCAUGGACAGACAGCCAACCAAAGGCAGUCUGACUCUGCCAAUGGAUGGGCAGUAUCCAACCCUAGGGAAAGACAAGACCACCACCGUGACCAGUCAGGAGAUACCGCCAGACACUCAGGGACUGGACGUGGACAAGACUCAUCUGGAUCCGCUUACAGCAGAAGCCAGGGAGCCACUAGGAACCGGGCCAGUGAUAGUGAAGGAGUCUCAGAAUUUUCAGACAAUCAGUCAGCCUCAGGGUAUAGACAGUCUGGGUCCAGCACAGCAAACCAACGUGAGUCUGCACGUGUCCAGUCAGGGGGUAGGACUGUGAACUCAGAGUCUCAAGUGUACCAGCUAUCCUCCCAUGAACAGUCGGAUUCAGACCACACACAAUCCCAAUCCACUACCAGAGUAAGACAAGGAUCCCGGCAGGAACAGGGGAGAGUCAGCUCUAGACAUGACGGCUCCCCUGAGGGUCAGGCGUCCAAUGGGGAAGACUCUGAGGCUUCCCAUGGAUGGCCCAGGCACAGCAGUGGAGGGAGACAAGGAUCCCGCCAUGACCAGGCAAGGGACAGCUCUAGACAUGUAGGCUCCCAUGAGGGUGAGGCAUCCAGUGGGGAAGACUCUGAGGCUUCCCACAGACAGCCCGGACACAGCACUGGAGAGAGACAAGGAUCCCGCCACGGGGACGCGAGAGACAGCUCUGGCCACGCUGGGUCGCGUCACCGCCAAAGUGCCCUCCAGGGACAGUCCGAUUCUGCACGUGGUCAGUCAGGAUCCCGCAGUGCAAGCGGGCACAGAUCUGGCCAGGCACAAUCAGGAGACAGCUCUAGGCACGCAGGGUCCCAUCACCACCAAACAUCCUCUCAGGUAGAUGGCUCUAGAAACUCAGGGUCUAGGCAUGGACGCAGAUCAUCUGGAUCCAGGACAACUAGAAACCGAGGGUCCAGUCUUAGUCAGCACAGUGAUAGCGAAGGACAGUUGGAAGAGGCAGAGAGACAAGACGGUUCUGGCGCACGAAGCCACCGUGGAUCCGGCCGCGAACAGUCAGAGGACAGGUCCGGACACACUGGGUCUCAUCGAGAGCGGACAGACAUUCGUGGGCGCUCUGCGACUGUCCACGGACAGUCAGACUCUGGUGCCAAUAGAAGACAAGGAUCUCUUCACCGGCAGUCUGAGGAGAGCCAUAGAAAACUGGUUUCUCAUCACGGAGAGACAUCCUUUCCACGACACAGUGACUCAGCCGACAGGCAGUCCAGAUGGAGCACAAGAGGAAGACAAGAAACCCAGCAUGAGCAGUCAGCAGAGAGCUCCAGACUCUCAGGUGCUGGACAUGGGCAAUCGUCCUCAGGAUCUGGGACAAGGAGACACCGGGGAUCCAGUGAGAGUCAGGCCAACGACAGCGAAGGACAAUCAGAAGUUGCAGGUACACAAUCCGCGGUCACCCACAGAACACCUGCGUCUGGUUCCAGGACACAACGUGGGUCCAGACAUGGCCAGUCAGCAGACAGCUCUAGGGACUCAGGGUCCCGUCACAGAACGACAGCCACCCAGGGGGAGCCUGACCUUGCCCACGGACGUGCAGAAUCCAGACCUGGAAGGAGACCAGGAUCCCGCCACGAGGAGGCAAGAGACAGCUCUAGACAUGACGGCUCCCAUGAGGGUCAGGCUGCCAGUGGGGAAGUCUCUGAGUCUUCCCAAGGACGGCACGGACUCAGCACUGGAGAGACACAAGGAUCCCACCAUGAGCAGGUGGGAGACAGCUCAAGACAUGCAGGGUCACAACACCACCAAAGUGCCCCCCAGGGACGGUCGGACUCUGCCCGUGGUCAGUCACGUUCUCACAGUGCAAGUGGGCACAGAUCGGGCCAGGAACAAUCAGGAGACACCUCAGGGCAUACAGGGUCGCAUCAUGGACAGACAGCCAACCAAAGGCAGUCUGACUCUGCCAAUGGAUGGGCAGUAUCCAACCCAAGGGAAAGACAAGACCACCACCGUGACCAGUCAGGAGAUACCGCCAGACACUCAGGGACUGGACGUGGACAAGACUCAUCUGGAUCCGCUUACAGCAGAAGCCAGGGAGCCACUAGGAACCGGGCCAGUGAUAGUGAAGGAGUCUCAGAAUUUUCAGACAAUCAGUCAGCCUCAGGGUAUAGACAGUCUGGGUCCAGCACAGCAAACCAACGUGAGUCUGCACGUGUCCAGUCAGGGGGUAGGACUGUGAACUCAGAGUCUCAAGUGUACCAGCUAUCCUCCCAUGAACAGUCGGAUUCAGACCACACACAAUCCCAAUCCACUACCAGAGUAAGACAAGGAUCCCGGCAGGAACAGGGGAGAGUCAGCUCUAGACAUGACGGCUCCCCUGAGGGUCAGGCGUCCAAUGGGGAAGACUCUGAGGCUUCCCAUGGAUGGCCCAGGCACAGCAGUGGAGGGAGACAAGGAUCCCGCCAUGACCAGGCAAGGGACAGCUCUAGACAUGUAGGCUCCCAUGAGGGUGAGGCAUCCAGUGGGGAAGACUCUGAGGCUUCCCACAGACAGCCCGGACACAGCACUGGAGAGAGACAAGGAUCCCGCCACGGGGACGCGAGAGACAGCUCUGGCCACGCUGGGUCGCGUCACCGCCAAAGUGCCCUCCAGGGACAGUCCGAUUCUGCACGUGGUCAGUCAGGAUCCCGCAGUGCAAGCGGGCACAGAUCUGGCCAGGCACAAUCAGGAGACAGCUCUAGGCACGCAGGGUCCCAUCACCACCAAACAUCCUCUCAGGUAGAUGGCUCUAGAAACUCAGGGUCUGGGCAUGGACGCAGAUCAUCUGGAUCCAGGACAACUAGAAACCGAGGGUCCAGUCUUAGUCAGCACAGUGAUAGCGAAGGACAGUUGGAAGAGGCAGAGAGACAAGACGGUUCUGGCGCACGAAGCCACCGUGGAUCCGGCCGCGAACAGUCAGAGGACAGGUCCGGACACACUGGGUCUCAUCGAGAGCGGACAGACAUUCGUGGGCGCUCUGCGACUGUCCACGGACAGUCAGACUCUGGUGCCAAUAGAAGACAAGGAUCUCUUCACCGGCAGUCUGAGGAGAGCCAUAGAAAACUGGUUUCUCAUCACGGAGAGACAUCCUUUCCACAACACAGUGACUCAGCCGACAGGCAGUCCAGAUGGAGCACAAGAGGAAGACAAGAAACCCAGCAUGAGCAGUCAGCAGAGAGCUCCAGACUCUCAGGUGCUGGACAUGGGCAAUCGUCCUCAGGAUCUGGGACAAGGAGACACCGGGGAUCCAGUGAGAGUCAGGCCAACGACAGCGAAGGACAAUCAGAAGUUGCAGGUACACAAUCCGCGGUCACCCACAGAACACCUGCGUCUGGUUCCAGGACACAACGUGGGUCCAGACAUGGCCAGUCAGCAGACAGCUCUAGGGACUCAGGGACCCGUCACAGAACGACAGCCACCCAGGGGGAGCCUGACCUUGCCCACGGACGUGCAGAAUCCAGACCUGGAAGGAGACCAGGAUCCCGCCACGAGGAGGCAAGAGACAGCUCUAGACAUGACGGCUCCCAUGAGGGUCAGGCUGCCAGUGGGGAAGUCUCUGAGUCUUCCCAAGGACGGCACGGACUCAGCACUGGAGAGACACAAGGAUCCCACCAUGAGCAGGCGGGAGACAGCUCAAGACAUGCAGGGUCACAACACCACCAAAGUGCCCCCCAGGGACGGUCGGACUCUGCCCGUGGUCAGUCACGUUCUCACAGUGCAAGUGGGCACAGAUCGGGCCAGGAACAAUCAGGAGACACCUCAGGGCAUACAGGGUCGCAUCAUGGACAGACAGCCAACCAAAGGCAGUCUGACUCUGCCAAUGGAUGGGCAGUAUCCAACCCUAGGGAAAGACAAGACCACCACCGUGACCAGUCAGGAGAUACCGCCAGACACUCAGGGACUGGACGUGGACAAGACUCAUCUGGAUCCGCUUACAGCAGAAGCCAGGGAGCCACUAGGAACCGGGCCAGUGAUAGUGAAGGAGUCUCAGAAUUUUCAGACAAUCAGUCAGCCUCAGGGUAUAGACAGUCUGGGUCCAGCACAGCAAACCAACGUGAGUCUGCACGUGUCCAGUCAGGGGGUAGGACUGUGAACUCAGAGUCUCAAGUGUACCAGCUAUCCUCCCAUGAACAGUCGGAUUCAGACCACACACAAUCCCAAUCCACUACCAGAGUAAGACAAGGAUCCCGGCAGGAACAGGGGAGAGUCAGCUCUAGACAUGACGGCUCCCCUGAGGGUCAGGCGUCCAAUGGGGAAGACUCUGAGGCUUCCCAUGGAUGGCCCAGGCACAGCAGUGGAGGGAGACAAGGAUCCCGCCAUGACCAGGCAAGGGACAGCUCUAGACAUGUAGGCUCCCAUGAGGGUGAGGCAUCCAGUGGGGAAGACUCUGAGGCUUCCCACAGACAGCCCGGACACAGCACUGGAGAGAGACAAGGAUCCCGCCACGGGGACGCGAGAGACAGCUCUGGCCACGCUGGGUCGCGUCACCGCCAAAGUGCCCUCCAGGGACAGUCCGAUUCUGCACGUGGUCAGUCAGGAUCCCGCAGUGCAAGCGGGCACAGAUCUGGCCAGGCACAAUCAGGAGACAGCUCUAGGCACGCAGGGUCCCAUCACCACCAAACAUCCUCUCAGGUAGAUGGCUCUAGAAACUCAGGGUCUAGGCAUGGACGCAGAUCAUCUGGAUCCAGGACAACUAGAAACCGAGGGUCCAGUCUUAGUCAGCACAGUGAUAGCGAAGGACAGUUGGAAGAGGCAGAGAGACAAGACGGUUCUGGCGCACGAAGCCACCGUGGAUCCGGCCGCGAACAGUCAGAGGACAGGUCCGGACACACUGGGUCUCAUCGAGAGCGGACAGACAUUCGUGGGCGCUCUGUGACUGUCCACGGACAGUCAGACUCUGGUGCCAAUAGAAGACAAGGAUCUCUUCACCGGCAGUCUGAGGAGAGCCAUAGAAAACUGGUUUCUCAUCACGGAGAGACAUCCUUUCCACAACACAGUGACUCAGCCGACAGGCAGUCCAGAUGGAGCACAAGAGGAAGACAAGAAACCCAGCAUGAGCAGUCAGCAGAGAGCUCCAGACUCUCAGGUGCUGGACAUGGGCAAUCGUCCUCAGGAUCUGGGACAAGGAGACACCGGGGAUCCAGUGAGAGUCAGGCCAACGACAGCGAAGGACAAUCAGAAGUUGCAGGUACACAAUCCGCGGUCACCCACAGAACACCUGCGUCUGGUUCCAGGACACAACGUGGGUCCAGACAUGGCCAGUCAGCAGACAGCUCUAGGGACUCAGGGACCCGUCACAGAACGACAGCCACCCAGGGGGAGCCUGACCUUGCCCACGGACGUGCAGAAUCCAGACCUGGAAGGAGACCAGGAUCCCGCCACGAGGAGGCAAGAGACAGCUCUAGACAUGACGGCUCCCAUGAGGGUCAGGCUGCCAGUGGGGUAGUCUCUGAGUCUUCCCAAGGACGGCACGGACUCAGCACUGGAGAGACACAAGGAUCCCACCAUGAGCAGGUGGGAGACAGCUCAAGACAUGCAGGGUCACAACACCACCAAAGUGCCCCCCAGGGACGGUCGGACUCUGCCCGUGGUCAGUCACGUUCUCACAGUGCAAGUGGGCACAGAUCGGGCCAGGAACAAUCAGGAGACACCUCAGGGCAUACAGGGUCGCAUCAUGGACAGAUAGCCAACCAAAGGCAGUCUGACUCUGCCAAUGGAUGGGCAGUAUCCAACCCUAGGGAAAGACAAGACCACCACCGUGACCAGUCAGGAGAUACCGCCAGACACUCAGGGACUGGACGUGGACAAGACUCAUCUGGAUCCGCUUACAGCAGAAGCCAGGGAGCCACUAGGAACCGGGCCAGUGAUAGUGAAGGAGUCUCAGAAUUUUCAGACAAUCAGUCAGCCUCAGGGUAUAGACAGUCUGGGUCCAGCACAGCAAACCAACGUGAGUCUGCACGUGUCCAGUCAGGGGGUAGGACUGUGAACUCAGAGUCUCAAGUGUACCAGCUAUCCUCCCAUGAACAGUCGGAUUCAGACCACACACAAUCCCAAUCCACUACCAGAGUAAGACAAGGAUCCCGGCAGGAACAGGGGAGAGUCAGCUCUAGACAUGACGGCUCCCCUGAGGGUCAGGCGUCCAAUGGGGAAGACUCUGAGGCUUCCCAUGGAUGGCCCAGGCACAGCAGUGGAGGGAGACAAGGAUCCCGCCAUGACCAGGCAAGGGACAGCUCUAGACAUGUAGGCUCCCAUGAGGGUGAGGCAUCCAGUGGGGAAGACUCUGAGGCUUCCCACAGACAGCCCGGACACAGCACUGGAGAGAGACAAGGAUCCCGCCACGGGGACGCGAGAGACAGCUCUGGCCACGCUGGGUCGCGUCACCGCCAAAGUGCCCUCCAGGGACAGUCCGAUUCUGCACGUGGUCAGUCAGGAUCCCGCAGUGCAAGCGGGCACAGAUCUGGCCAGGCACAAUCAGGAGACAGCUCUAGGCACGCAGGGUCCCAUCACCACCAAACAUCCUCUCAGGUAGAUGGCUCUAGAAACUCAGGGUCUGGGCAUGGACGCAGAUCAUCUGGAUCCAGGACAACUAGAAACCGAGGGUCCAGUCUUAGUCAGCACAGUGAUAGCGAAGGACAGUUGGAAGAGGCAGAGAGACAAGACGGUUCUGGCGCACGAAGCCACCGUGGAUCCGGCCGCGAACAGUCAGAGGACAGGUCCGGACACACUGGGUCUCAUCGAGAGCGGACAGACAUUCGUGGGCGCUCUGCGACUGUCCACGGACAGUCAGACUCUGGUGCCAAUAGAAGACAAGGAUCUCUUCACCGGCAGUCUGAGGAGAGCCAUAGAAAACUGGUUUCUCAUCACGGAGAGACAUCCUUUCCACGACACAGUGACUCAGCCGACAGGCAGUCCAGAUGGAGCACAAGAGGAAGACAAGAAACCCAGCAUGAGCAGUCAGCAGAGAGCUCCAGACUCUCAGGUGCUGGACAUGGGCAAUCGUCCUCAGGAUCUGGGACAAGGAGACACCGGGGAUCCAGUGAGAGUCAUGCCAACGACAGCGAAGGACAAUCAGAAGUUGCAGGUACACAAUCCGCGGUCACCCACAGAACACCUGCGUCUGGUUCCAGGACACAACGUGGGUCCAGACAUGGCCAGUCAGCAGACAGCUCUAGGGACUCAGGGUCUCGUCACAGAACGACAGCCACCCAGGGGGAGCCUGACCUUGCCCACGGACGUGCAGAAUCCACACCUGGAAGGAGACCAGGAUCCCGCCACGAGGAGGCAAGAGACAGCUCUAGACAUGACGGCUCCCAUGAGGGUCAGGCUGCCAGUGGGGAAGUCUCUGAGUCUUCCCAAGGACGGCACGGACUCAGCACUGGAGAGACACAAGGAUCCCACCAUGAGCAGGCGGGAGACAGCUCAAGACAUGCAGGGUCACAACACCACCAAAGUGCCCCCCAGGGACGGUCGGACUCUGCCCGUGGUCAGUCACGUUCUCACAGUGCAAGUGGGCACAGAUCGGGCCAGGAACAAUCAGGAGACACCUCAGGGCAUACAGGGUCGCAUCAUGGACAGACAGCCAACCAAAGGCAGUCUGACUCUGCCAAUGGAUGGGCAGUAUCCAACCCUAGGGAAAGACAAGACCACCACCGUGACCAGUCAGGAGAUACCGCCAGACACUCAGGGACUGGACGUGGACAAGACUCAUCUGGAUCCGCUUACAGCAGAAGCCAGGGAGCCACUAGGAACCGGGCCAGUGAUAGUGAAGGAGUCUCAGAAUUUUCAGACAAUCAGUCAGCCUCAGGGUAUAGACAGUCUGGGUCCAGCACAGCAAACCAACGUGAGUCUGCACGUGUCCAGUCAGGGGGUAGGACUGUGAACUCAGAGUCUCAAGUGUACCAGCUAUCCUCCCAUGAACAGUCGGAUUCAGACCACACACAAUCCCAAUCCACUACCAGAGUAAGACAAGGAUCCCGGCAGGAACAGGGGAGAGUCAGCUCUAGACAUGACGGCUCCCCUGAGGGUCAGGCGUCCAAUGGGGAAGACUCUGAGGCUUCCCAUGGAUGGCCCAGGCACAGCAGUGGAGGGAGACAAGGAUCCCGCCAUGACCAGGCAAGGGACAGCUCUAGACAUGUAGGCUCCCAUGAGGGUGAGGCAUCCAGUGGGGAAGACUCUGAGGCUUCCCACAGACAGCCCGGACACAGCACUGGAGAGAGACAAGGAUCCCGCCACGGGGACGCGAGAGACAGCUCUGGCCACGCUGGGUCGCGUCACCGCCAAAGUGCCCUCCAGGGACAGUCCGAUUCUGCACGUGGUCAGUCAGGAUCCCGCAGUGCAAGCGGGCACAGAUCUGGCCAGGCACAAUCAGGAGACAGCUCUAGGCACGCAGGGUCCCAUCACAGACAGACAGCCACCCACAGGCAAUCUGACUCUUCCCAUGGACAUGUAGGAUCUGCUAGUAGGGAAUGGCAAGAACUCCAGGAUGACCAAUCAGAUGAUACCGGCAGACACUCAGGGACUGGACGUGGACAAUUUUCACCUGGAUCCAGUUAGAAUAGAAGCCAGGGUGCCAGUAGUUCUCGUGCCAGUGAUGGUGAAGGUUUUUCAGGAUUCUCAAUCAGUCAUUUUCAGUCCAUUCAGAUUCCAUUUUAAGAAACCCAAAACCUGUUUUUCCUCAGUAUUCCUCAUCUAAUCCUGGUAACUCUUAUUUUCAUCCUGAGUGGAUAUCCACUCAUGGACAGUGUGACUCAUUUCUGGAACAGUCACGUUCUAUUAGAAUGCAAAAGCAAGAAUCUCCACAGUGUCAAUUAGGUGACUGCAGCCCACAUUCUCCGUUUGAGCAUGCAUAUACCUCAUCCCCCUAUGGGACAUCUAGUUUCAAGUCAAUAGGUUGGGAAGGGUCAGUCCAUGGUCAUUCUGAUACUCCUUCUCAGGAGUUAGGUUAUAAUUCAAGAAUGCCAUCAUUUGGCAGUCAUCAUUAAUCUGCAAGUAAUAAUUUUCAGUCUAUGGUUAAUGAAAGGCAAGUUCACAGUUCAGGUCAUGGCUGGUGACAUGGCAGCUAUGGAAAUGCCGAUUAUGACUAUGGACAGUCUGGCUUUGGAGAGUCUCAAGAUGAAAGAGUCAGUCAUGAUGCCAGGCCUGUGUGAUGCAUGGACAAAUGUGAAUAUGGAGAAGAAUUUAUGAGUUCCAAUAUAAGAAGCAGUAAUGUAUGCUCAGGAAUAUAUGGUCAUUCAACUGAUAUUUCAAAACAGCUGGGGUUUGGCCAGUCUCUAAGAUACUAUUAUUAUGAGUGAGAAACCAAUAGACAGGUAAUUUUCCCAAGAAUAGGAGAAUAGCCACGACACAACUCUGAAUCAAGCAACUUCUCAUUAUGCUUUCAGGAAGUUAUCUUUUCACUUAAAAAAAAGUAAGUUAUACUAUUUGUUUACUUUGGUGAUAGUUUCUUUCUAUUCGCUAUGAUGCUUUUAAGUUUAUAGUUAAGAAAAGGUGAAUGGAAGAAAUCAGUAUCAUAGAAAAUUAUGAGUAUUUUGGGAGAUAGGAAUUCAAGUAAGGAUUUUUCUUUUAAGAGAUUAAAUUUUAGAACCUCUCCAACUGAAACUUUCAUCUUUCCCAAAAACAUCUCAGGCGCCAAAAAUACAAAGUCAUUGUUCUGAAGGCCAAAGCUGCUGUAUUUAUAUAAGCACUCAGGACAUAUGCCUCUAUUACACUUUAAUUGGAUUUAUUGCUUUGUUCUGUAUUAUUCUGCAUUUAUUGAGAUCACCUUGGGAAUACACAAUUCAAAAAAUGCAAAGUGCAUGAAAUUUUAAAAUAAACAAUUGGUCAUAUAUCA